AUCGCAAGCCCACCAAACCGCCAACGAUGCCCCUCACAUUUCUACGACGCCUAGUACGGCCGGUAGCCUUCUCGUCGGCUUCAUUCACCUCGGUCCGGUCGAUAUGGCCCUCAAUCGCUGCCACGGCCUUCCAGACAACCUCACCCGCUUUCACAAUCCGGCCGACACCGUCAUCGCGCGCGCACAAAUGUACAUUAAUACAAGUCCUGCGGCAGGGAAGGAUAGCGCAAAAGGCACGAAAGCUGCGAUCACCCCAACUGAGGGAUAGGCCAGAGUUGAAGGGUGUAUGCUUGAAAGUAGGCACAACGAAGCCGAAGAAACCCAAUUCGGGUGAGAGAAAGAUUGCGAGGGUCAGACUGAGUACAGGAAAGGUCAUUACGGCGUAUAUUCCUGGCGAAGGGCAUAAUGUACAGCAGCAUUCAGUCGUCAUGGUGCGCGGCGGACGAGCGCAGGAUUGCCCAGGUGUGAAGUACCAUUUGGUUAGAGGAGCAUUGGACUUGGGUGGUGUUGGUAGCAGAAUCACAUCUCGGUCCAAGUACGGAACGAAGAAGCCCAAGACAGCGUAGAUGAGAAAAGUCUUGAGUGUAUACAUGUAUCAUACCCCAGCAUGAAUGGCGUUCAGAUGCAGUGUUUAUGAUAUGUAAAUGUUUGGACAGCAAUCAAUCUCAUGUGCAUUG